AUGCGAGUACGAAAUGGCAAAUUGUAUGGUGUGGAGAUCUUUCUAUUCACUGACAAUUCUACUGCCGAAAGCGUGUUCUACAAUGGGAACUCCUCAUCCAAAAGAUUAUUUCAUCUUAUGGAUAAUGAUUCAAGACCACAAGGGAUAAUGUUGUUCCAACUCAACAAUACUGGUAUCCACUUGGACAGUGGAUCUACUUUUCAUUUGCGAACCAAUGAGGAUGACUUUAAAGAAGGAACUUUACAAGGAAUUGAUGGAGGAUUUCAUUAUACCUCUAAUAUAGAGGGAAGAAGACUUUAUCAAGAAGGAAUCGAUAAGGUAUUUGAUUCUGUUUGUAAGCUUGAUACACGAGCUAGCGACAACAUCAACAGUUUGUCAAACAUGGUAAAAGAUGGAUUUGAUGUAUUUAUGGACACAAAGAGAGAGAACAGCUUUUUUGUGACCAGAAACGGGACUACAUGGCGAUUUGGACAUCGCAAUGGAUUACAUACUUUGGUUGACGAACCUGCUGUGGCAACAGCAAUGUUCCAUAAUCAUGCACGUGGACUUGACAAUGCUGGAGUUGACCCACGUUUCGAUAUUGAAAUCAAAAGACACAAAGGAAUGGCAUUCAUCCUACAGCGUGAUAGGAUUAAUAUGGGAGAAGCGAUGAAUGAAUAUCACGGUUUAUGGAAAUGGACGAAAUUUGCUCAAUGGUGUUAUGAAUUGGCUAAAGACCGAAGAUGGGAUUUUGAUGAUUUAGAAAUUCGCUUCGGUGGAUUACCCAGUACAUUCGUUCAAGAAGCAAAACAACGAGGUAUUCGAAAAGAUUUUCAUGAAUGGACGGAUGGAAGAGGAUUUAUAUAUGAUGAAGUUCCUGCUGGAAUGGAACUAGAUGAAAUUCACAUAGUACCUAAUAAUUUACAUGAUGAUAUGGAAGGGUACUGUGCUCUACAGAGUGUGGAGAAGAACAAAGAGGGUUUCACAAACAAACAAGUGAAACGAGCAAAUGUUGCACAAAGUGGCUAUCAUAUGAUGGGAGCACCUGGUGCAGAACUAUUCAAGUUGGCGAUUUGGGGAAAUUUUUUCAAAAAUUGUCCAAUUACGGAGGAAGAUGUUAAUAUCUCUGAAAAGAUAUAUGGACCGAGCAUUUCAACAAUUAAGGGCAAACAAAAGCGAACAACACCAAAGGCGGUGGUUGAUGAUUGGAUUGAAAUGCCCAAGGAACUCCUGAAACACAAUUUGAACCUGGAUUUAUGCAUCGACAUUAUGUUUAUCAACAAUGUCGUGUUUUUUGUCAGUAUUGACAAAGCGAUCAAAUUCCGAUUCUCUACUGAACUGAAAGAUCGAACGAAAGAUGCUAUUUACAAGUCGAUUGACGAAAUUUUACGCAUUUAUAAUCAUGCAGAAUUUCGAAUCAAAACUAUUUAUUGCGACAACGAAUUCAAACCGGUAUUUGAUGACGUGAAAGAUAACAUGGAUGUGACCAUGAAUUAUGCCGCGCCGGGCGAACACGAACCAACUAUUGAGCGCAGUAAUCAAACAUUGAAAGGAUUAUUCCGAGCACACUAUCAUCAAAUGGUGUUCAAGGCAAUUCCUAAGGUUUUGACUAUUGCUUUACUCAAGCAUGUGACAAAGGUUAUUAACUUUUAUCCUGCAAAGGAGGGAAUUUCGAAAUAUUACAGUCCACAUAUGAUUGUGAGACAAAAACCGGUGGAUUUUUCAAAAGAAUGUGUUGCUGAAAUUGGAUCCUUUGUACAAGGAUAUGGUCAUACAACCAACAACAGUCAACGAUCAAGAACGAUUGAUGGUAUUUAUCUUGGAAUGAAUGACAGCAUACAAUCGGGACAUAUGUUACUUGAUCUUAAUACAAAAAAGACAGUAACAAGACCAUAUGUAACGUUACUUCCGAUCACCAAACAAGUGAUCAAAAUUGUGGAACAAAUGGCACACGACAAGGGCGUUUGUGAUUUACGUACUUAUCAUUGGAAGAAUGGUGAAAUCAUAUUGGAUGGUGAUUUGCUCGCAGGAGUGGACCCAGAUGAACUGUGGGAUGACACAUAUAUUCCACGCGAAAAUGAAUACAAACGAAGCAAUGAGAAUCUUCGUAAUGAAAAGAUUGAUCAAGAUGAAAUUGAUGUGAAAAUCAAGUCAAUGAUGUUCGCGAAUUUGUGGCGAAUUUGGAUGAUAACGAAAAUGAAAAAGAUGAAUCUGACGGUAAUUCGGACAAAUCAAGCGACGAUGAUAAUUAUGAAAAUGAUGAAGUGA